CUUUCCGUUUCUCUACAGCCAUUGGUCGAGGGGUAAAGAUGGCGCUGUCCGCGGAAUUGUGAAAACAAAGUGUCCAAUCAAGAUGAACAUCUUUCGUAUUUAGUUCGCAGGCUAGAUUUAGCUCAUUCAAAUCCCCUCUAUUCUGUCUUCAGUUGUAUUUUGGUCGUGGUAAGAUACGGAUUUCUCCUGGUUUUCUAGCUGAGUUAGCAGUGUGUGGACGUUAGCAUGAAAGUAGGCAGGGCUGUCAGAUUGAGGUUUAUCAACCUAAACUUUUGAUUAAAUGGCGUUUAUGUAAGUUAAUAGAGCUUCAGAAUUUACGCGCUUGAGUUUCAAGGUUUUCUGACAGAUUCAAGAAUUCCAAGCCGGAACGAUGCCUGCGUUUCGGCAAGUUGGGGAAAAGCAGCUCCCCAACCCCGUGCUUUGCAUGGCAUGGUCCCCCAAAAGAGAUCUCAUCGCCCUCGCCAACACAUCUGGAGAACUUUUGUUACAUCGGCUGGCCAACUUCCACAGAGUGUGGAGCCUCCCAGCCACAGAGCACACAGGAAAGGAGAUCACUGCUCUGGCCUGGAGGCCCGAUGGCAAGAUCCUGGCCUUUGCCCUGGGGGACACCAAGCAGGUUGUCCUGUGUGAUGUGGAGAAGGCAGAGAUUCUCCACCUGUUCACCGUUGAGAAUGCCGUUUCCUGCAUGACCUGGAUGGAGGUGGUCGAGGAGAGCAGUGUCCUCAGUUCCUUCUACAACUCUGAAGAUGAAUCCAAACUUUUUCUUCCCAAAUUACCAGCACUUCCAAAAAGUUACAGUACAACAUCAAAUAUAUUCAGCGAGGAGAAAUCUGAUGAGAUCAUGAACCUGCUGGGUGACGUCAGACUCAACAUCCUGGUGGUGGGCGGAGCCUCUGGCUGCGUGGAGCUCUAUGCUUACGGAAUGUACCGGAUCGCAACGCUCGACAAGGUCCCCGGAAGCUGCCGCAGCCUCAGUCUUUCCACGGACCUCAAGUCCCUGUCGGUCAUCACGGAGGUCCGGUCCGUGGACAACAACCCAGAGAUCUGCUAUGUCCAGCUGGACACGGGGCUGCUGUCGGACUGUCUGCCCGAGGUUACCAGGAUGGCCAGGAAGUUCAGCCACAUCUCCACCCUGCUUCAGUACCUGCGUCUCUCCCUCACCUGCAUGUGUGAGGCCUGGGAGGAGAUCCUCAUGCAGAUGGACCUGCGCCUCACCAAGUUUGUUCAGGAGAAGAACACCAACACACAGGUGCAGGAUGAGUUCCUAGAGCUGUUACUGUGGGGGCAGUCCAGCCCUGAAUUACAGGCCCUGCUUAUGAACCAGCUCACAGUCAAGGGUCUGAAGAAGCUUGGCCAGUCCAUAGAGUCGUCCUAUAGCAGCAUACAGAAGCUGGUCAUCAGCCACCUGCAGAGUGGUUCUGAGGCUCUGCUGUACCACCUCAGUGAGGUCAGAGGGAUGUGUCUGUGGAAACACAAGUUUGAGCCCCUGGGUCUUAAUGCAGCUGCUAUAGAAGAUGCCAUCACUGCUGUGGGCUCCUUCUCUCUGAAAGCUAAUGAACUGCUCCAAGUGAUUGACAAAAGUAUGAAGAACUUCAAGGCCUUCUUUCGCUGGCUGUAUGUGGCGAUGCUGAGGAUGUGUGAGGAGCACGUUCCCCCGGAGCUCAACAAGAUGACGCAGAAGGACAUCUCGUUCGUGGCCGACUUCCUCUCUGAGCAUUUCAGCGAGAAUGAAGAGCUUUUCGACCGCAAAGGGAAGUACUUUAACGUGGAGCGAGUGGGCCAGUAUCUUAAAGACGAAGACGAUGACCUAGUGUCUCCGCCCAACACCAAAGGAAACCAGUGGCUCAAGUUCCUACAGGAGAGCAGCCACCUGAAAGAGAGUCCCCUGCUGUUCCCCUCCUACCCCAACAAGUCUCUCCACUUCGUCAAGAGGAUGAUGGAGGGGGUGAUCGAAGGCUGCCUGCAGAACCCAGCGGAAGUCAUUGGGAAAUCUGUGAAACAGGCCAUCUUCAUGCCCCUCUACACAGUUCCAGAGAGCUCUGAGAACACUCCUCGACUCUUUGAACUUCCAUCACAGUGGAACGACAAGAAGGCCAACAUGCACUACGUGGUUUUCACCAUGCCGGAGGGUUCCCCCUCUAAGCUCUACAUGCUGAGGAGGGCUACAGACCCCUACAGACCCGUGGCCAACAGCGUGGUGUCUGUGGACCUCAGUAACAUCCUCAGUGCGGGCCUUCAACACAACGGAGGACCAGCCGACGCCCAGCCUGACUGUGUGUACAGCUGCCUGGAUGCCCGUUUCUAUGACGACGAGAUGCUGACCGUGGUCCUGUGUGCACCAGAGGGGGAAGAAGACAGGGGGCGUGUCUUGGCUCAACUUCCUCUUGGCUCUGCCCACAGCUGUCAGAACGAGUUCAACUGGGACCCUGCUCUCAGGCUGGACCAGCAGAGCGGAUCUGUUCCAAGCCAGGCUCUGGUUCUGGAGAACCAGUGGAGGAUCCUGGAGAACAUGAAGGCCCAGUUUGUGGCCGUCAACGGGAUCCGCAAGGUGGCCUGUGUGCUGAGUGCCAACCUGAGGCACGUGAGGAUGUUCGAGAUGGACGUUGAGGAUGAAGAGGACGAGGAAGGAGGGGACUCCCAGAAGGCCAGCGCUGACCAGGACGUGCUGGAGGCGUCCAUGAAUAGCCAGGGGGACAGGGAAGACGACGGGGAUGGGAGAGGUCCGGACAGUGGGCCUGAGAGUGGAGCAGAGGCCAAAGAGCCAAUGGAGGAUGUGGAGACACACCUGGAGUCACAGGAGGAGCUGGAGCUGGUUUAGGAUUUAUCUGAAUUCGAUUUUGUAAAUCAGCUGCCUUUUUUUGAUGCUCCUUGUUCCCAUUCAGUCCGAGAAUGUUGUUUAAUGUAAAGGGAAUACCAUUAUGUAAUAAAUAUAUUGUAAGAAUGUU